UUCUGCAGCUAAUGCAGGCACCGCAGCCAGUGAGGGAGACUGCUAAACUGUACCUCUCGUGUCUCUCUCACUCUCUUCCCCUCCCCAAUUGCUUGCAUAGUUGUUUGAAAGAGAGCGUCUGCCACUUCUGUGCCCCCCUCCCUCUCCCCAGAAGAAGAUGGAGACUGAACGUGAAAUUCCCAGUUCCUCCAGCAGUUCUCCAGGAGACUCCAGGGAGUACAAGGUGGUGAUGCUGGGUUCAGGUGGAGUAGGCAAGAGUGCGAUGACAAUGCAGUUUAUCAGCCACCGGUUCCCCGACUACCAUGAUCCCACCAUAGAGGAUGCUUAUAAAACACAAGUACGUAUAGAUGAUGAACCUGCUUAUUUGGACAUUCUGGACACUGCUGGACAAGCAGAAUUCACGGCCAUGAGAGACCAAUAUAUGCGAGGUGGAGAGGGCUUCAUUAUUUGCUAUUCCAUCACGGACCGACAGUCCUUUCAAGAAGCUGCAGAAUUCAAGGAGCUCAUUUAUCGUGUCCGGCAUACCUAUGACAUCCCCGUGGUGCUGGUGGGGAACAAAAUUGAUCUCAAUGAGUUUCGGCAGGUCUCCCGAGAGGAAGGUGUCAACUUGGCCAGACAGUAUGCCUGCCCUUUCUUUGAGACCUCUGCUGCCUUGCAUUUCUACAUCGACGAUGUUUUUCACAAGCUGGUGAGAGAAAUCCGAAAGAGGGAGAAGUCUCUGCAUCUGGCAGAUGGGAAGUUGAAGAACAAGGACAGUCUGUGGCAGAAACUGAAAGGAUCUUUGAAGAAGAAAAAGGAAGUCCCUUCUUGAUGGUGGUCCCCAUGCAGUUUAGCUGCAGUGUUUGGGAACUGCACAGAACAAUUCCAAAAGACAUCAUCUUAUGCAGUCUUAUUUUUGCAGGGUUCCUUUUAUGCAGCACCAGCCUUCUAACUUUGGGUAAGAUUCUGUGCAAGGUGGGAUACUCCCCCUCCUAGUGUGUUAGUAAAGAGAAGGUUGUGUUGCAUUUAAUAUGUUUAGUGGAAAGAAAAAUGCACUGUGGGUGUAUCUUAUUUCAUGGACAGUCAUGUUCAGGUAUCUUAUUUAUUUAUUUCUAAAGAUUAAUGGUCAACUAAGUCAUACACAACGUUAGACACA